ACAAAUGCUAGUGGCGGUCGCAUGUCCGUCGUGAAAUUUUAGCUAAAAUCACUCCAAAACAGGAACUUUGCCCGUACGAGGGGCACUACCACCAUACUAAGGUACAUACUACCCACAACUAAGCCACUAUGGAUCGAAAAAUCCCACGUGCAGGCCGGUAGGAGACCAACAAAGACGACCCAUGCAAGCAAGGAAGAGCACGCCAUCAAGACGAAUUGCUCUCAAAGAAUUGUGAUGUGAGUUAUGGAUGAUGGCAGUGGAAAAUGUCUGUUGGAUGUUAUAAGUGAUCCAUCAGCUUUGAGUGAAUUUUUAAGAAGUAACAGUCAGUUAUUGCUGGAUGGAGAGGAUUUGAGCAAUACAAAGAAUAGAGCUAUAAAGGUGUCUGACGCUGGGCAGAAGAGCAUCAGCCAUUCUAUUGCUAAUACAUUACCAAUAUCGUCAAGCAUUAAUGUCCCCACAAGUCUUUUGGGUCAGCAAACAAACAGAAAGUUUUCAAAAGCAGCAUUAAACAAUUCUAGUGCCCAAAGUCCAUUUAGGAAUAAUACAAAAGCACCUGUAAUGUCAAAUGUUUCAAGAACGUUUUCUCAAGUUGCUAAACCAGCUGCAGUUAAUAUUCCUGCCAGUACCAUGGCUAGCAGUUCUAAAGGGAUUUCAACAGGAGGAACAUUUCAAAGUAAAAAACCAAUACCUAUACAACCUAAAAAUMAAGUAAUUAGGCCAAAUACUACAAUUCCUGUGGGUAUGACUGCUCACGGCAAUGCUAGACAAACUACACAAGUUAUAAACCAGUUGCCUAUGGCACAAACAACUGUACGACCCAAAUCUAAUGUUCCACCUAGUGUCAAUGGAACAGAGAAAGCUAGAAUCUCACAGUAUCAAGCUUUACAGGCUAACAGAACUGCACAAGGUAGUGCACAGUCAAUCCUGACAACCCCACCUAAAAGAAUCGCUCCCAAGCAAGUUUUGUCCCCACCUUUGAAUCCAGCUCUGACAAUCACCUCUCCAAUGAGAUUAACACAAACAAAUGUUAUGAACAAACAGGUACAACUGCCGGCACAUUUACUUCAAGCUCCGACAACACAGGGAGCUCAGAGCCAGUCUCAACUUUACCCACAACAAAUAACAAACAUGGUGAGACAGAUUGCACCAAGUAAUCAGGUAACAUCAGUCCAGUCAUUGCCAGCAAAACCCAUACAACAUGUUCAGCAAAUUCAACAGCUUGUUCAAGAGAAACUUGGAGGUCAGCAGCAGGCACAGCCACAAGGUAGUCAUGUACAACAGAAGGUUUUUACUCAAGCUCAGCUUCAAGCUGCUCUGAAACAAAGUCAACUUCUUGCACAGAAUUCACCUGGGCAGCAACAAAACUUACUAGUGCAACAGCAGAUUCUGAAACAGUUGAUUCAACAAGUGCAGUUGGCACAACAGCAAAACCAGUCUGAGAAAGUACAAGUUAAUGUUCAACCAAGUAUUAUGCAGUUGCAGCAGCAACCAAUUGCGCAGACGAUUGGCCAAACUGUUCCAAAUGCAAAUGUAACAAUGGCCAAUCAAAUUGCAGUUAGUAAUCAGCAAAUACAGAUGGUGUCGCCGAAUCAACGAGUUGUUGCAGUAGCACAAAACACUUUGUCGUCAAAUCAACAAACUUUAAAUGUUGGGCAAAAUGUUACAAAUUUAAAUCAACAAAGCUUAAAAACUUUAAAUGUGAAUAAUAAACAGAUACCAGUUGGAAGCAGUCAAGCAAAUGCUUCUGUUUCACAGCCAAUGGUGAUCGUUAGUCAAGGAAAUUUUUUAGUUCAGAAAAGUGGCCCACCUUUAUCUACAGGUGCUACCACAACUGCUGGAAACUCAAAAUACUCGGGUGUCCAGCUACAGAAUCUAAUGAACCAACAACAACAGCAAACUAAAGUUGUUAGCAAUAUUCAACAGGUCAGUCAAGCCAAACAGGUCAAUCAAAAUAGCACUGUUUUUGUUCAAAAUGUUAUGGGAACCCAAGGACAAACUGUGAACAGCCAACAGGGUAGCCCUCAACCAGUAACCCAACAGAACUUCAUUCUCCAGUCUAAGCAGUCGUUGACCCCCUCACAAGGUUCUAGUACCACYGUACAGCAACUAACGCCAGCUCAAGUGCAACAGCUGCAGAAUUUAGGAGCUGUCCAAAAAGUAUUUAUCAUAAGACAGCCAGAAAUGCUUCAAAAAUUAGGAGUACAAGGAGCUAAACAGACUCAAACUAUUCAGAUCACACCACAACAGCUCCAAGCUUUGCAACAGAUGCAGAAUCAGCAACAACCCAAUCAGCAAACCAUUAUUAUUCAGAAUAAUACUCCAGCGGGGAGCAAGACUGGCACGACUGUGCUCAGUGCACAACAAGUGAAGCAGUUGCACACAAUCCAACAACAGGCCGGCAAGAUGCCACAGUCACCACAAACUCUAAUCCAACGACAAGCACUUGUACAACAGAUUCAAAAGCAGCUGUCAUCUCAACAAACACCAAAAACGCAGACCAAGAUGGCACAUGUACCGAGAAUAUUGCAGACUUCAGGCCGACAACCAGUUACAACCAGCCAGGUUUCUUCCAAGAUAGCCACGACAGUAAAACAGGAACCAAAUAGAGGCAUAAAACGAUCCCAUCCAGAAACACAAGAACCUCCUAAAGUUGUUACAAGGUUAAAGAGUGCACUGUAUCAAGACCAGCAAGUGGUCACCCAUCCAGACAUCCAUACUCCGUUCAAGUCAAGAAUUGACGCUAUAAAUAAACUACGUACUUAUCAUGUUUAUCACGACCCUGGUCAAACCCCAAAAGAUAUAGAAAAAUCYGAAGGUCUCUUUAACACUGUGGCUGAUCAACUGAUAAAGCGGAGUGAAAAGAUGAUAAACAAAUACAGAACUCUCAUGUUGGAAGAAAGUUUGCGUAAAGAGCCGUCAUCAGAAAUGGUCAUGCUGUAUCGACUAUAUCUGGCUGAUGAAAGAGCGGCAUUAGCUCAAGAUAAGAAACAAAUAGCAGAAGAUUUAAAGGCUCUGAAAAAUAUGGUAAAGAUUGAAGUACCGAAAGAAACAAUGUCUACGAAUGCUCCACAAACUACAGUAGUAAAACAAGAACAAGUCACUAAAAUCAAACAGGAACCCCAWACAAAAGGAUUUAAAGUUCCUCUUCCCGUUAAAGAUAGCGCAGAAAACACAGAGAAUGAACUGGAUCUAUUAAACACUAGUAUAGCAAUGGACUCCUUAGACGAUGAUAUUUUGCAAACUAGCGAAGACGACUUUUCYGACAUGGAACAUGAGCCUAGUGAAAUCGACAAAGCUGUAUUYAACAUGGAGACUUCUUCGUCCGUGUAUUUUGAACCAGUAAAUCAUACUUCCGAUACGCUAUCGACAGAUAAAUCUGUUGAUAGCCCAAGAACUAGUGUAGACAACAAAGAAGCAGAAGAUUGCAUUGCUGCUUUACCAAUGGAUGAUGCAGAUGAUGCYGAGGAUGAAACUGAAAAGGAGGAUGUGACAGCAACACUUGCAUUGUUGCAUUCGAUGGCUGAAGAAUUAGCUGAUAUCAGCUAAAUAGCAUCUAUUUUCAUUUCAUUUUGAUAAGAUGGAGGGGAGGGAGGGGAAUAGAAAUUUUCUAUGAAGUCAUAGCUGCCUGUAAAAUUAAUGGUUCCAACCCAAAAGUGAACAAAUCACUGUAUCUAGUUGUUUUUUUUCUAGUAAAAGCCAAUGCUUACCCCAUCCCACAAACUAACAAUUACUGAAAUUUAACAAUAAAUUUAACAUUUUCAAGAGCACCACAAAGAUUAAAAGAAUUUUUCCUUCAUGGAAAUGUCAAAACUAAGGCAAAUUAUAACCAAUUUUGUGUGGUUUGAGUUUUAAGCAUAAAUAAUGCAUCCAAAUUUUUGAGCUUGUGGGACAUAGCAACGGUAACUUAGGGAGUUGAAGCCAUUAAUUUGCUGGUUUUGUAAUUCAUACAAAAUGGUGUUCAUAACUGUCAUAACUGCCAUUUUGAAUGAAUUUCAAAGGAGUUAUAGGUUCCUGUUUGUCCUACUGUUCAUCCUUAGAAGAAAUCACUGGCAAUAGGGGGGAAAUGUCAACAGUAGAUUCGUACUCUAUUCUUUCUAUUUUCUACGUUUCAUUUAGUAGAAGAGUAUAMGAAUACACUGUCCAAAAGGGCUGUGCGCGUAAAAGGUAUUUCAACUUCAAACUUUCAUGUACCGAAUUUACUCAGGUUAAAAAACUAAUAGUCCCUUAUUAGUGGUUUUUUUUUUCACAUUCUUUGGGAGAUAUUUAAUUUUUUUGUCUAUUUCUAGAAAAGAUAUAAAAUUUAAAAUAUUUAAAAUAUAAUAAUGGUAACCCAAUUCUCAAACGUUAUACUUUAUCAGAUACUCGGUUCAUGUAAAAGUCGAAGCUUCAAAUAUUUCAAAAGAAUCAAUGUGAUAGAUUUAGAAAAUUAUCAUUUAUAUGGCCUAGGGAGGAACUCUAUUUUGCCUACAAACCUCGUUCUGAUGCUCUUCAUUACGAGGCUAAAUGGCAAUAUUUAUCCUGUAAAUGACUCGUGACAAAUAUGGUUACGUUACAACAAUGUAUCUGUUGCGCGAMCAUUUGUAGAGUCUACAGGUUAAACCCUUCUUGUUUAUGUCGUUAACAAUGUAGACACAUCGCAAAGCGUUCAGUUUUGUAAAGCUCAAUCAUUUUUCACUUCAAAAAGGUAAAAUUUACUUCUAUUUUUGUAAACUCUAGUUCAGUAUCAAGACACUAAAUCUUCCAGAAUUUUCCAAAAUACUAUUCUAUGCAAAACAAAAUAUAUAUAUUGUAUAAAAUUAAAUGUUAUUAUGAAAUUA